UCCCUGAGCAUCCCUGACCGGAUCGAGAAAGCUAUGCAGCGCGUGGGAGUCUCCGUCACGUUGACUAAGGUGACCUCCAUCUCCUCUUUCCUGCUGGGUGCAACCUGCGGCACGUCGAUUCUUGAGACGGCCCUCGUGGCAAUGAUCAAGUUCCUGACCAGCCACCCGGCCAUCGCGUUCAUCACCAUCAUACUUUUCCUCGUGGUAGCUGCAGUGUCUGCCUGGCAGGUGAGCCUGGGCCUCAGUACCGACUUCGACAUCAUGGACCUGUCGCCGGACAAGAGCUACUUGCGAGAUUUCAACAAUGUGGAAAACCUCCACUUCGGCGCCCUCUCAACAGGGGGCUUGUCCUUGCCAUGUGCCUUGUAUGUGGUAGACCAGGACAUUAGCUCCCUGGCAGUGCAGCGCCAUCUAGAAGAGGCCAGUGCCGGGUUGAUGGCACUCGACAGUGUCGACUCUGUCCGGGGGCUUCAGUCAUGGCACACCACCUUCACACUUUGGGCUUUGCAGAACAAGGGUGUCCUUGCUUCCCUGCCUGACAGUGCCUUUACCGCAGUCGAUACGAACCGUACCGGCUGCCAGGCCGGCUUGCCCUCCGGUGUCACGACCUGCGCCAGUCAUCUGGUCACAGGCAGCACUUUCUUGACCGCCGUGCAGGAGUUCCUCGCAACGCCUCGGGGCAGGGCCUUCGAAGAUGAUGUGGUGAUCCAGAACGGACAGAUCAAGGUGGUUCGUAUUCGGGCCAAUCAUAUCGACACUUUCAACAGCCGGGAGCAGGUUGUCUUGCUCGAAGAGGUCGAGGCUUUCAUUCAGCAGUGGCAAGCCGCGCUGCCAGGAAGCUUCGUGAGCGCGGCAGCGUAUAUCUUCUUCGAUCAGUACCGCAUCAUUGUGGAGCAGAUGACAGUUAGCAUUGGGCUCUGUCUGGCGGCAGUUCUCCUCGUUAGUGUGCUGGUUUUGGCCCAUCCCCUCUCUGUUUUGGUGGUGCUUCUCGUCCUUGCGCUGGUCUUUAUGGACCUCAUGGGCAACAUCGUGCUAUGGUCCCUGGCCCUCAACUCCAUCUCCAUGAUCAACCUUGUCAUGGCUGUGGGGCUGGUCGUGGAUUACUCCAUGCACAUGGCCCACAGCUUCGGGCUGCAAGAUGGAUCGCUGCCACGUGCCAAGCAUGCUGAGCUGGCCAUGAAGGAAAUGGGACAGCCUAUUUUCAUGGGUGUCAGCACAACCUUCUUGGCCAUCUUGCCUUUGGCAUUCUCAGCCAGUCAGGUUUUCCGCGUUUUCUUCCAGAUGUUCUUUGGCAUUGUAUUGGCAGGUGGUUCACACGGGCUGAUCUUCCUUCCUGUAUGCAUGUCCAUGUUUGGUCCCAGUGUGACCAAGUCCACAAGCGUGGAAGACAUAUCGAACACCGACGCGGAGGCUGCUGCUGGCAAGGUCGCCAACGGUGAGUCGGCGCAGAAGUAA